GCACAGGGCGCAGUGCGCAGCAGAGUCAGAGCAGUCCACCUAAAACAAACGAAUGGUGACACCUACUUGGCUCCUGCUGUGAUUUUAAAUACUUAGACCCCGACACCUGCGCGACGGGCUAAACCCACAUCCUUCUCCACUGUAUAUACUGCUGCUCUUUGUGGUGGAUGAGCGCAAUGAUUCUUCCUCUUCAAACGCCAGAAAAUGAACACCACUCUGUAUGACUCUGCAGUGACCAUGCAUCAGCUGAUAGCAGAUCAACUGAAUGCCAGCUGCAACUUCUCCUUGUCCCCUUCCAACUGGUCAGCAGGGGCCGAAGGCCUGCAGCUGCCCACAUUCACCACAGCGGCCAAAGUCAGAGUGAUCAUUACCUUCAUUCUCUGUGGCAUCUCUGCCUUUUGCAACCUGGCUGUGCUAUGGGCGGCACACAGCAGGAAACGUAAAUCCCAUGUCAGGGUGUUGAUAAUCAAUUUGACGGUGGCUGAUCUGCUGGUGACCUUCAUUGUGAUGCCUGUGGAUGCUGCGUGGAACAUCACAGUUCAGUGGCUUGCUGGCGACUUUGCCUGCAGGCUACUGAUGUUUCUUAAGCUGCAGGCAAUGUACUCCUGCGCAUUUGUCACUGUGGUGAUCAGUCUGGAUAGGCAGUCAGCCAUCCUCAACCCUCUGGCUAUCAGUAAAGCCAGAAAGAGGAACAGAGUCAUGCUGACUGUGGCGUGGGGCAUGAGUACAGUGCUGUCAGUCCCUCAGAUAUUCCUUUUUCACAGCUUGACCAUUAUCCAUCCUGAAGACUUCACUCAGUGUACAACUCGUGGAAGUUUUGUCACUCCCUGGCAUGAGACGACCUACAACAUGUUCACUUUUUCUUGCUUGUUCCUGCUGCCGCUGGUCAUCAUGAUCACCUGUUACACCAGGAUCUUCUGUGAAGUCUCCAAACGCCUGAAAAAGGAUAACUGGCCCUCAAAUGAAGUGCAUUUGCGGUGUUCAAAGAAUAACAUCCCGAGAGUCCGGAUGAAAACUCUAAAGAUGAGUAUUGUAAUCGUCUUGUCUUUCGUUAUCUGCUGGACUCCAUACUACCUGCUGGGUUUGUGGUACUGGUUCUUUCCUGAUGAUCUGGAAGAGAAGGUCUCGCACUCACUGGCACACAUCCUGUUCAUCUUUGGACUUGUCAACGCCUGCCUGGACCCAGUCAUCUAUGGCAUGUUCACCAUUCGCUUCAGAAAGGGGAUCCAGAGGUAUUACUGCAAUGCCGCCACAUCAUCGAACCUGGAUAAUAAUACUGUUAUAACUAGCUCUUUAAUUUGUGCUGCCAAUUAUUUGCUGCUGAAAAGAGAGGCGAGUGCCACCAGCCAGGAGGCAUUCAUGCUGUGCAGAGAUAAUCACAGCAAAGCAGGAAGCAGCUUUUUAACAGAAAGAGAUGUAAACCAGUCCAGCUCUGAGAGCAUCAUAUAAAGAGAUCAGUUUUACUUCUGCUGUACAUCUAUACUGUUUAUUCAGAUUUAUUCAGUGUCCAUAGAUCUCAUGUGUGCGGGGCUUUAUUUCUUAAUACUGCUCUUCGUUUCGGUUUAUAAAUAGCAAAAAUAGUAUUCAAUGUGAUUUGGAGUGUCUGCUAGAGGUAAAAUUACAAUUGCAAUUGAAAGCGCACAGCAACACAUUCAAUUUGUGUUCAGAUCUCUUAUGCAAAGCCAUUUCUGUCCCUGUACUGAUGUGUAGCAGUAGGGUCCCUGUGGGGUUUUGUUUGAACCUUAAGCUCUUCCUGGUGACUGACUGUUAAUACCAGGGAAAAAUAAAGGUAUAUAUAAAAAAAAAACAAUUAUUACAAUUAAUCUGGGAAAGGAAAAAACAUAUCUACAGCAUCCACUUGAAGCAAAAUCUCUACACCCCGUCCUGACAUUUGUGACUUAAAACAUGACAUAUGAAACAUACAAGGCAACAAAAGAUUAUGACUGACUUCAGCCCAGUCAUAAUAAACCUGAAUACACAUCCUUUGUUGUUACUUGUACUGUCAUGUAAUUGUUGCUUUUAAGUAAUAUUUAAUGUUUUAUCUAAUUUGCAUUGUGUUCAGCACUUUGAAUUAAAAUGUGCUAUAGAAAUCUAUGAAUGCCUUCUAACAGAUCUAUGCUGCAUUCUGCAUUAUUAAGUUUUAACCUGUGAUGACAUUAUUUACAACUUAGAUCUUUUAUAGAGGGUGACUUGAAAGUGGAACCAUUUAGUUAAGUUAGUGAGCUUUAUGCAGCGAGUCGCUCUUUGUCAUAGUUCAGUAGGUUUGGUCCACAUGGCUGAACUACAUUGUGAUUAAGGAAAACAUGAAUGACGAUUAGUGAACGCUGCUGAUAACACCCAUAUAAAAUUUAAAAAGCAACACUUGUAAGACAAAAUCUCAAAGCAAAAGUCACAUGGAUGUUUUUAUUCUUUUGAACUUUGCACAACAGGAAACGUAUACAUUUGUAAGAUGUAGUUCAUAUUGCAUACUUGCACUCCUUUGUGAUUAAGAUGAGGCCUUAGCAUCGGCAAUGUACACAUACAAACACCUGUGUAGGACACACUGGUGCCUUGUUAAUUCUUAACACCAGUCCAAAAGCAAAACAACAUAUGAAUGUUUUCAUGUAUUUUGUUAUGAAGACUUGCUCAGAAAUAAAAUAUAUUUAGCGAUUUUAGUGAUUUUUUUUUUUAAGAAAUAGUCUUCGAGAACUGUUUUUUUUUCAUACUCAGUAAUCCACAGAUAAGUACGGUCUUUUAUCAAUCACUUGACACCAUUAUACCUCCCUCAAAAGCUUUGCCACUUGUUACCUGAAAGUACUUGACAACUGUCAUUUUAAGAAUGGAUUCUUUUUGUAUGUGAAAUAUCAGGAAUCGCUGAAAACAAACUUCCUAUCAAACUGUUGCGUCAAGUCAGAGAUGAGUCGGGCAGGAUGUCAACAGGAACAGUGACUUGCUGCAGUAUAUAUUCCUAAAGAUACACACCUGACCAUAUACCUUAGUUAUGAUUCAAAAACAACAGUACUAACAGGAUUACAAAUGCAACUGAUGAGUAAGCUAUGCCAUCAUAGCCAAUAAGCAAUAUUUAAAUUACAUUAUAAAAUAUUUCCUCCAGAAAGUAAGAUUCAAAUGUGUGAAAUGGAUAAUACAGGUGUAAAUGUAACAGCUCAUAGUAAUAAGGCAGAUUACUGAUGACUGUGGAUAAUGAUAACAAUCGUGCUGAUUUUGGCAGUCUGAAGAUUUUUGCCCAUUAAAAGUUUCGUUUUAAGGCUUAUAUGUACUGUACAUCGACUGUGAUAACAAAGCACAAAAACUGCAACCACGAUGGACAAUUACAAUCUGAAUGGAAAUUUCACUAGUCAGCUACACCUCAAAAGGCACCGAUUAACUGGAAGUUGAAGACUAUAAAUUCCUCCAGGCUAGUCUGUAAAAUACCCAAGUAUCACAACUGGUUAUGAUGUAGCAACUGUAUGUUUUUCCAUAUACAACGUUUUACUGUAAACUAUUUCCCUGAAGACCAGCUAUCUAGGGCCGACUCUGAAACCACUUCCUGAACACUACAUAGGCCCCAAUUUAAUUCCCAACAGAACUAUAACUUAUUAUAGUUGAAUCAAAGAAUUCAUCACUGCAAUGUAAUGUGAACAAAUACCUAAGGUACCAUCACGCUUUGCACCUUAACUGAGAAGUUUGUAUUAGCUUGUUUUCUUUAUAGCGUGUUGGGUGAGGUGGCUGUCAACCUCAGCCACUUUGUCGCCAUUUCAAUCCAUUAAAAUUUAGAAGACCGCAUUAGAUCAUACAGAGGAAAAGGUGAACCUUUCAUCUGCUCACAGCCUCUCAUGCCUCACUCCUCCAGCUGCUUAGAUACAAACACUUUGAUCUGACACUUCAAGCUGAGAAGACUAACAACACAGGACAGAGGAAGAUGGCUUAAAAUAAAUACAUCAGUAGUUCUAAGCAGGGAAACAGAUCAAGACAUCUUUCCGGUGGGUUAAAAUACUUUAAACUAGGCUUGAUUAACGGUGUCAAUAACUGUUGUGGGGAAGAAAAUUGUUGUUCCACACUCAAUUAUUGCAAGACAAUUAAGGCUAAGCAUUUUGGUCCCUUUACAAGUCACUCAAAGGAAUGGAGUGUAGUAAAUAAAUACUUAAGAUAAACACAAGUGCAUUUGGGUAACAGCAUAUUCCUCUUGUUCUGUACCAAAGCAGAUUUGACAUUACACCCCCAACAAUGGGAAUAUUUUCCAGUUUUUUUCUCACUGGAUUCAAAAGGUGUAAUGUGAAACGUAUAAAGACCACAUGCCUCAUUCAUGAAACAAGGUAACCAGAUUAAUCCAGGUGACAGUUAGGACCCCCUCACUAGUUAUAUUGUUAAAUAUCUUCACCUUAAAUGCAUCACUUUGCAUGUAUAUUAAGUCAGAUACACUUUUCUGCCAGAGGGUGAGAUUACUUCCCUUACUGAGAUGCAAAACCAAAUAAAAAAUAAAAA